UAUCCACGUUGACAUAAUGGAUUAAAAAUUUCCAUUUCAUGAUCACUGAGCUUCAAUCACCUGCUAAUAACCAAUUUAGAUAUUGUUAUUGAACAAUACCAUGAGAAUAGAAGUCACACUUGAUAAUUUGUUUCAAAUUGGAAAAUAAAUUACAUUCUACUCUUUUGUAUAGAUGGCGUUAACAUUAACAUGAUGUAUAAUACAUGUAUUGGUUACCUUUAACAUGAAACAUUUCUCACUGUAGUCUGAGAAAAAUCUGAAAUUUGUAAAUUGUUCUCGUUUUUUAUCUUUGUUUGAAUUUAUUUUUUUUCUUCAUUCAUCUUUAAAAUUAAUUAUCCGUCUUUCCUUUGUAUGACCGUCGCUAACUCAUAAUGGAAAUAUGGGAUACAAAGAAGGAGAAUCUUGUCUUAUGGAAGAAACCGGUAGCCACAAUUGAUUAUGCUCUUCGUGAGAGUUUAUAUUUGACUUAUCAAUGUUUUCAUUGGUUAAAAGGACAUCUAAAAACUACAUUAUUAUUUUUACUAACCCUUGCAACAUUAUUGAUAACUUAUUCAUAUUAUUUCGAAGAUUUUCAUUCUACAUAUUUCAAUAUUAUUUGGAAAAAAAUAUUAUGGUCUGCCUAUUGGAUUGGUCUUGGUAUCUUGUCAUCUGUAGGAUUUGGAACCGGUCUCCAUACUUUCAUCCUCUACCUUGGACCACAUAUUGCAAAAGUAACUCUUGCUGCUUAUGAAUGUGGAAGUUUAAGCUUUCCUGAGCCACCUUAUCCCGAUGAAAUCGUUUGUCCAGAUUUACCUGAUUCAAGGCCUGUUUCUGUGUGGGAUAUAAUAUCAAAGGUUAGAUUGGAAGCUUUCAUGUGGGGUGCUGGUACUGCUCUUGGAGAAUUACCGCCUUAUUUUAUGGCUAAAGUUAAACGUUUAUCGGGCAGAACAAUUGAAGAGCUGGAAACUCAAGAAUUACUAGAAGCUAGUAAGCAAAAAAAUGGAUCAGUUAAAAAUGGUCGAUCAAAAAAAGGUGGUGGUAAUAAAAAGAACAGCCUUAUAUCAAGGAUAAUCAAUAAUAUUUCCGAUAAAUUUGACAGAGCAUCUUCAUGGGUACAAUUCCUAGUCAAAAAAGUUGGCUUCUUUGGUAUCCUUUUUUGUGCCUCUUUUCCAAAUCCUGUAUAUGAUUUAGCUGGAAUUACUUGUGGCCAUUGCUUGGUACCUUUUUGGACAUUCUUUGGAGCUACCUUGAUAGGUAAAGCUGUCAUCAAAAUGCAUAUACAAAAAUUAUUUGUCAUUAUUGCAUUCAAUGAAAAUUUAUUGGAAAAUUUUGUUGAUAAAAUCAAAGAUUUACCCGUUUUGGGUAAAUACCUGCAUGAACCAUUUAGAGAUUUUCUAAUUAAUCAAAAAGAACGACUUCACGGUAAAGUUGUCAACAAGCCACAUUGGAUCGCAUCUUUAUUUGAAAAAAUAGUAAUGACUAUGAUCAUCUACUUUCUACUAUCUAUAAUCAAUUCCUUAGCCCAACGGUACCAUAGCCGUGUUUCAAAAGCAUUGUCAAAAUCUUCAUCUUCAUCUUCACUAUCUUCUACUUCAUCAAAGAAUUCGCAAUUUGUGAAGUCGUCACUGUCAAAAUCUCCAUCUCCAUCUUCAUUAAAAGCACCUUCAUCACCCACCGACUCAUCGGAUACAGCUCUGAACAAGAGAAAGAAGAAGCGGAAGUCAAAAGACUGAAUUAACUACGUUAGAUCCGCUUGAUAACAAAAUCAUUCAAUGCUUAAUCAACUGAAGUGCAAAAAAAAAGCAAUUUAAAUUGUACAUUAGUCCAAUUCCUUUUUUUGGAUACAGAUAAUUUUGUCACUUGUGAUUCCAAAUGUUUAUGGAUUAUCUCUCAUUAAUUACAUCUGUAUUUUUUUGCAGGAAAUGUCUUUUCACUCACUCUUUUAUUCAACUCCGCUCUCAACUUGUUAUAUUGUGAUGGAAAUUAUGAUUAAAAGAGAUUAAACCAAUUUUGAAUCAA